CGAUCGUCGCCCCCAUUAUUCUCAUCGUCAGACUGCUUGCUCGAGUGGACGUGGGAGUGUGCGUGCCGAAUAAGGCAACAGCGUCAAACGACACAGAUCGGGCCAGAUGGACUGGUCUACCUCGUCGCUGAUCAACUCUUCGCCCUUGUCGAGGAGGCUGCCGGGCCAGAGGACGCCGCCGGACCCGACGAUUGAGCAGCCGAAUGCCGCCGACAUCACCUACGGCUGGCACCAAGCCGAGUCAAGCAGCAGCAGCGGCAGCAGCGGCAGCAGCAGCAGAAGCAGCAGGAGUAGCAAUGAUGGCUAUGAACACGCAGUGGGGGGUGACGUUGGCGAGGGCGCAGCAACGGGAGUGGAAGCCCACCCGGAUACUGCGCUUCGGAGGAGGAGACGGGCGUCGACUUCUUCGUCGUCAGGAGACGACAGCAUGGUGUCGUUCGACACUACCGAAGAGGAACACAUUGCUGAGGCGCAGGGCUCACGUGGAGAGCAAGACGGGCCAAGGCCGCCUCCGCCGCCGCCGUCGCCGCCACCUCCUCGGCCCCACGCACCCGAGCAGCAGGGUGGCGGAGACGCAGAGGAGCUCUUCAUCUGCCGCAUCUGCUUCGACGGGCCCAACGACGAGAGUCUGGGCAAGCUCAUUGCCCCGUGUCGCUGUCGAGGCACGAUGAAAUUUGUCCACUCAGCCUGCCUCACGCGUUGGCGCGCCCUCUCGACUCGCCAGUCGUCGGUCGUGGCGUGCGACCAGUGUGGGGCUGCAUACAGAUUCCGCAAGUCCCGCUUCGUGGGCAUGGCCACGAAUCAGUAUCUCCUCUUUCUCGUCACGCUCUUACUCUUUACGCUCCUCGUCUGGACCGUCGGCUUUGCCGCCGAGGGAGCCGUGCGGCGGUGGGAGGGCGGUGGGCCGUCCACCGUGGCGACGACGUCGAAAAGCUCCUCGAUCCUCGACUCGCUCUUUGGAUCCGACGACGACGAGGCCGAGGCGCACGACGAGCGGAGGGACAGUGUUUACUACUACGACAGCUUCAUGGGUGCCUACACGCUUCAGACGGGCAGCUACUACUACUUUGAUUCGGUGGGCUACUGGAGCCUCUUCAAGGCAGCCGUGCGCCACGUCGGCAGCGGACGCGCCCUGAAUGCGGCAAAGGAGCUGGUCAGGGGUGAUGCCGAGCGCGAUGACGGCGGAAGAAGGAGAGAAGAAGGAGAAGAAGAGGAGGAAGAGUUGGGAAUAUGGCAAUCUCUCAAGCAUGACUGGCUCUAUGGACCAUCGGGCCUCUGGCCGACUGCGAAAAGCGCAGGAGAUGGAGGAGUGGGCGGCGACGAAAGGGUCGAAGGGUCCAUGGAGGAGGAAAAGAGCGUCGGGGUGGAGGAUGUGCCAGCGAAGACUGAAGAGGCCAGUGCCCCUCGCAGGACGCACGCUGGGGAGCGGUACGAUGCACGCCAAGCUAGGCCCUUGGCGGCGGGAGAGGCCGGCAAGAGAAGCGAGAAGAAGGUCCGAAAGCCUGGAAAGAGCGCGGAGCCGGCGCAGGAGCCUGUGCCCGGAAUCCUGGAUCGGAUCGCGAUGCAGUUCUCGCUCGGCUUCUCCAUCGUUGGCAUCUUUUCCUUCAUCAACCUGCUCCUCGGCAUCUCCUUCUGGGGCCCCUUCCACCUCGGCAACUUUGGUCUCGGACGAGGCUUCGCCCGGCUGACUGGCUCAGCCCGACGGCGAGGCGGCGGCGGUGGCGGCGGUGGCGGAGGACAGGGCUCGGACGGAGGAACGAUUGCAAGCGUGGUGCUCCUCCUGCUCGUCAUCAUUGGCAUCCUCCGUGCACUCCACGUCGUCUUCAAGAUCAUUCGCUGGUUCUCGCGCAAGCUCCUCACCAGGCUCGAGGACUACAUCAUUGACUGGGGGGGCGACGAGGAGGUGCACGAGGAGCCUGCUCCUGCACCUGUGCCUGCUCCCGCGGCUCCAUGAGAGGCUUGCUAUGCACCUAUGCGAUGCGAUGCUUGCUGCUUCAUGUUGCUGCUCCCAGGCUGUGAGGCUGUUGCAAAAUCUAAAAUGCAGGUCUAUCAUCUUUCCACUUUUUAGCAUGAUCGGGUUAGUCGUGGGCCCUUGAUGUAAUUUUCCUAAGCUCUAAAGGCACUAAAAUGCAAGCCCCCCGAUGCCCGAG